CUCAGAGUCCGAGCACUGUAUAAUAAAGCGUGAACAUGAGAAAUGCAUGGAGAGGAUGGCGCUGCACAACCCCAGCGAUGACCUUGAGUUGGUGUGUCCGUGGAUGUGGGACAACCUGACCUGCUGGCAGGGGGCCAAUGUCGGAGAAGUUGUGGUGGUCAACUGUCCCGAGCUCUUCCAUGACAUCAUGGGUCCGGAAGACGAAAUGGGGAGGGUCAGUCGUAACUGCACCGAGUACGGCUGGUCCGAACCUUUCCCUCACUACGUGGACGUCUGCUACUUCUACGACAACACCACCAAACCUGACAUGUACUACGCGUCAGUCAAGGCCCUGUACACCGUCGGCUACAGCACAUCGUUGGUGUCUCUGACGACAGCCAUGGUUAUCCUCUGCAGAUUCAGGAAGCUCCACUGCACCAGAAACUUCAUCCACAUGAAUCUGUUUGUGUCCUUCAUCCUGAGAGCCAUCUCCGUCUUCAUCAAGGACGGAGUGCUGUACGCUCAGGAAGACAGCGACCACUGCUUCGUCCACACAGUGGCGUGUAAAGCAGUGAUGGUUUUCUUCCAUUACUGUGUCAUGUCCAACUACUUCUGGCUCUUCAUUGAAGGUCUGUAUCUCUUCACUCUGCUGGUGGAGACCUUCUUUCCCGAGAGACGAUACUUCUACUGGUACACCAUCGUAGGAUGGGGGACUCCCACUAUUUGUGUGACUGUCUGGGCAGUUCUGAGGCUCCACUUUCAUGACACUGGAUGCUGGGAUACGAAUGAGAACACUGCCCUCUGGUGGGUGAUCAAAGGACCUGUCGUGGCCUCUAUAAUGAUCAAUUUUGUCCUCUUCAUCGGAAUCAUUAUCAUCCUGGUGCAGAAGCUGCAGUCGCCUGAUAUCGGAGGAAAUGAAUCAAGCAUUUACCUCAGCUGUGCUCAGAAAUGCUUCAGUGAGCCCACACAGGCUGUUCAGCAUUCGUGCAGGAUGUCAGAGUUAUCCACCAUCACGCUGCGUCUGGCGCGCUCCACCCUCCUGCUCAUCCCUCUGUUUGGUAUUCACUACACCGUCUUCGCCUUCUCACCUGAGGACGUCAGUAAGCGGGAGCGGCUGGUGUUUGAACUGGGACUCGGAUCCUUCCAGGGCUUUGUGGUCGCUGUUCUCUAUUGUUUCCUCAACGGAGAAUUUCUCCCUGAAGGUGCAGUCGGAGAUCAAGAGGAAAUGGCGCAGCUGGACGGUGAACCGGUACUUUGCUGUGGACCUGAAGCAGCAGCGGCACCCUUCGCUGGCCAGCAGUGGAGUGAACGGCGGGACUCAGCUGUCGAUCCUCAGCAAGAGCAGCUCCCAGAUAAGGAUGUCCAGCCCGCUGGCGGAGAACGCCAACAUCAGCCUCCCAACCUGAGCAUGUGAUUGGCCCGGAGUCGACUUCAAGGUGCCGUCCCACUAACGUACAUCCAGACCAACCAGACCAGACCAAAGUGGCCCCACACACCUCUUAUAUUUUGUAGUAUUUACUGGAGAUUCAUUAGAGGUGCUUAGCUGGCUUUCACACUUCAAAUUUAUUUGAGUAUUUAUAAUUCUGCAGUGGUCUCUGUAGGUUGCAAACUUUUAUGAAUAAUGAUGCACUUAAUAUUUUUUACAAACAAAUUAUUCUUUAUGAAUUAAAACAUUAAGGAGAUAUUAAGAGUUCCCUUUCUGCCAAUAUGAAAAUGUUCAUUUCUGCCCAAUACAUUGUUUCAUUUACAAAUAAUAUUAAGGUCGAGUUUGUUCGAAUAGAAACACUACAAGUUGUGAAACAGAUGAAAAAUUUAAUAUGAAAUUAUGGGGUCAUGUUUGGCUGUCGGUGUAAAAUCAAUGUGACUCAAAGUGCCAUACGUCACCAGACUGGAUCUGAUCUCACAACAGUCCAAAGGGAAAUAUCAACCAAAUGUUCGCCUUGCUUGUACAAAUGCUCAUAGUUUAAUGUUUCAUCUUGAAUUUGAACAUUUUUCUACAGUCAGCCAUAAGUACAGAGUAUGUCAAAAGAUAUAUUUAAAAACAAAACAACAACUCAUGGACUUUGUAAAUAGUUCCGUUCGGUGUCUAGUUUCUUUCUAUUUGCAUAACACAGUAUUGUAACAGCCUUUUAAAAAAAACAAAAGGAACUGGAGCCCAGAUCUGUAGACGACUUCAUCACAUAUCCUAAAUCCUAUUGAACAGCGUAUGUAGGAAUAUAGUGCCAAAAUAAAUGAAGAGCAGUGUUUCCCGACCUCGGAGAUAAAUUAAAUUGAGGAAGACAAGUGUCUGCUCCAUAAAAAUAUUCCGUUUGAUAUUUUUUCUUGUAGAAUAUAAACAAGAUGAGAAGCUAAAUUCCUUGUUUGCUUGAUGAGGGACAGUGAGUGGACUUAAAGGGUCACAGCCUAAAAAAGGUUGAAACCCCCGGAUAUAUGAAGAAAAUUAUUUAAAAAUGAAAAAUACGCUGCAAAUCUACACUUGUCGCUGUAGAGGUGUUUACCAGCACAAGAGUAGUUUCCUCCAGCUCGUUUUUCUCUUUUGCACACUUGUCGGACAUGUUUUAAUGCAGACUGUGAACAUAAAUAGUAAAUGUGCCAUUUCGUGGAUGCUUUUAUCCAAAGCUUCUCAUAGUGCCAUGAGUUUAUCUGUGCAGUAUUUUAUUGUAGCCAGUGAUAAUCAAACCCUCAACAUGCUCUUUCCAAUGACAGGAUUCCUUCAACCCAUCGUGCCAUAUCAAACCGCUCUUCAUUUUGAAUUCUGAGAUCUCACACACUCAUAUUCCAAAGUGCCUAGUUAGUCACAAACAGCAAUCGCUUUUAUUUACAGGGCAACGAUCAUCUACUGGAAAGAAUGUACAGCGGUGGGGUUUAUUGGUGGAUUGUAAUUUUUGCUUGUUUAUUAGUGAAACGAGCGCUUAAGUUUAAACACAUAAACAGCUUCAUCACGGAGAAAAUACCCAGUCAUCACAAAAUGCUUUAAUGUGACAGCUCUUGACAAUCGCUGCGUGUUGCUCAUUUUCUCUUUUCAGUCUCGACAAACAAUACCUGUCCAGGUGGGCGAAUCAUUUCUUAGGAUUAAGGGGGAUGAUUUGUACAGAGGGAAUUUUUUCACCAUAUUUAUUCAAGUUAUUUAUGGGUUUGUUUUGUACUGUCAUUUGAGUGGAUUAAAAGAAUGUAUCGACUCUAAACAAGGAAUUUGUGAUAUUGUAAGGAUGUAUAUUUAUUUCCCAUCAACCAGUGCCAUCUAAUGUGACUCAAUGUACAGUGUACAUGCUUUUCACUGUGUAAUAACUUUUAAGACUCAUGCAAUUUCAUACAUGUAGUGCCAUUCUGACUUUAAAGAAAACAACAACACUUUCAGUAAAUUGCUGUCCAAAGCUGCAGAGGAUGUAACGAGAGAUGAAAUAUUAAGACAACCUGUAGAAAGAUAAAAACAUAAACGUGACGGGAGAAAUGCAUCAGUCAAAGGCGUCUUCUCCGCUGCUUUUGGACAAAACACUCUGCUGCUGCUUACGUGUUGUAUCACCAGCCGUCACUCUGAGUCGGAAUCGGCUCAGAUGGAAACGACCAUGUCUCAAAGCUGUUACUGUCCGAGAAAAAAUCAAGGGGAGAAAACUCCUUACUUGACCAUGUCAGUGCUGUAUAUUUAUUAACCACAAGGUGGCAGCACAGCGUUGGAAUAUUAUUUUGUUAGUUUAAAACAGAGGAGAAAGUUUGGACCAGCACUGAUUUUGCUUUUUGAACCUUGGAUUUUUGGAGGGAGAAGGUGUAGAGUGAGCGUUAACAUACUUUUACAUCUCAUUGUUAACACAAGACCUCAUUUGUUUAUUUUUCCGUACUUAUCAGCAAAGAUUUAAAUUGGACUCUGGAUGAGGCCCAGUGUGCGACUUUGGAUGAUAAAAGAGUUAGAGAUUUUUGCUUGUAGCUCCCCCGUCUCAAAUCCCCACAUUUCCAUGUAUGUUCUUUGAGAACAAAGCGCCUGUAUAUUGUGGGAUGGGAGGAACUUUGAAGAAUUGCCAGUAUUUCUGAGCACAACAACAAAAUCCACCUUCGCUUCACUGUGGCUAAAGCUGACUCUUUUCAAAAAGACUCUUUUUAUUAUUAUCAAUUAUUAUUUAAACAUUAUGUUUUUUUUAUAUGUCUAAAAAAAUCCAUUGACAAAUGUCCUUGGUUUUACCUUUUUGGGAAUCAUGCUUUUUAAUGUUUUCCUGAGAAUUACAUGAGAAGAUUGAUAUAACUGUGUGUGGGCUGAAUAUGAAGCUACUGCCAGUUAGCUUAGCUUAGCACAAGGAAUAUACUUAAAACUGCAGCAUGUUUACAUACUGAUAAACAAUACGACUAUAGGACACAUUUGAGACUUUUUAAAGAUUUAUACAAUUGAAUGCCUUUUUCAUGGUCGUACUGGCAAAGUAUGAAACCCUCCACUAAAACUUUUCAUUUCAUGGAUGAACAAUAGAGAGUAUGAUGGAUGAAAUGACAUAUGAAUGUUGAAUUCAAAUAAAUGUUACAUCACAUCAGAGAUAGAAGCAUUUUCCUCUCAACUAACUGUGAAAAUACCACACAGACAUUUUGUUUUAAUGUUACUGGCAAUGUUCAGCCACAAAAAUAUUAUAAGAAAAUAAGACUUGAGACUUAUGAAAACCAUCUAAGGUUUUUUUCAGUGAACUUAAAUUUGUACAUUUUGAUUCCCCAUUGUUCGGACAUUGUCUCAUGUAAAUCUCAGCGAAAAUCAAAUUAACGUAUUCCCAAAACAUUUGAUUCAAAUGUAAUAAAUCUCUGUGCUACAUUGAGCCAGUUUUAUUCAGUGCUGAGUUCGAGUGUAAGUUGUUUUGACUGCAAAUGAAUUUUUGAAUGUACUGUCGUUGCUCUGCUGCUCUUAAAUGUCGCCUGCUAUGAAUUUGCCAUAGUGUACAAAUGAUGUCUUUUCUUGAUCAUAUCUACAAUACACUGUAUAUGUAUAUUUUUGGCACACAGGUGAACCUCUUGAUGACCUGUAAUGUUUGUGACCGUGUUUUUGUAGAUGUUUAUGUACCAGUUUUCAGAGUGUGUGUGUCUGUGUGUGCGGGUGUGCGGGUGUGUGUGUGUGCGGGUGUGCGUCUGAGUAUGUUUAAAGGUUGGAUUGUAUUCUGUAUGCAUGUGUACGUAAUGGCAAGUAUUCACAAGGAUAUAAGUAAGCUAACUUAAAUGUGAAAGAAAAUAUAAAAUUUCAUCCAACUUUUGUUGUGUGUAAACAUGUGUUUAGGUGUCCAACAUUCAUGUCCCAGUUUGUGUAUAUUUGACUGCAAAAUAAAUCUAUCUGUGGUUAGUUGUA